AUGCGGGUACGUAACGCUGGUGGUGCAGCCACUCAAACAGUGGUGGAGGGCUAUGUGUUGGGGGGCAGCUCUUGCUUCAUGCCAACGGGGGGCGCCUACUCUACUGCCUUGGUGCAACAGCUCAUGCCGGUCAUGUCCCACUCUCUAUUCUCAUGCUUCUACAUCUCUCUGUUGGUACACGGCUGGUUGUGUGUUGGGGGGGCGCUCACUCUAGAGCCUUCAUGCAAGCUCAUGCCUUCAUGCAAGCUCAUGCCUUCAUGCAAGUUCAUGCCCUCAUGCAUGCUCAUGCCUUCAUGCAAGCUCAUGCCUUCAUGCGAGCUCAUGCCUUCAUGCGAGCUCAUGCCUUCAUGCGAGCUCAUGCCUUCAUGCGAGCUCAUGCCUUCAUGCGAGCUCAUGCCUUCAUGCAAGCUCAUGCCUUCAUGCGAGCUCAUGCCUUCAUGCGAGCUCAUGGCUUCAUGCGAGCUCAUGCCUUCAUGCGAGCUCAUGCCUUCAUGCGAGCUCAUGCCUUCAUGCAAGCUCAUGCCUUCAUGCAAGCUCACGCCCUCAUGCAAGCUCAAGCCUUCAUGCAAGCUCAAGCCUUCAUGCAAGCUCAAGCCUUCAUGCAAGCUCAUGCCUUCGUGCAAGCUCAUGCCUUCAUGCAAGCUCAUGCCUUCAUGCAAGCUCAUGCCUUCAUGCAAGCUCAUGCCUUCAUGCAAGCUCAUGCCUUCAUGCGAGCUCAUGCCUUCAUGCAAGCUCGUGCCUUCAUGGAAGCUCGUGCCGGGUCAAGCUCGUUCUGAUGCCGCCACAGGUCUAUCUGGUUCGUCUUCUUUCAAAUCAAACACGCAGAACAUGGUAUAUUUCUAUGUGCUAUGA